AUGAAAUUCAUGGAUAGGUACUUUCCAAUUCAUAAGUAUCUUGACAGAAGAGCUGACAUUACAAGUUUUGAGCAAGGAGACUCCGAAACAUUAUAUGAUGCAUGGGAAAGAUUCAAACUGUGCCUGAAAAAGUGUCCUAAGCAUGGGCUCGAUAGUCAUACUCAAAUGCAGCAUUUCACACAAGGAUUGAGAGCUCAAACUAGAAUGUUUCUGGAUGCAUCAGCAGGUGGAUCUUUGAAAAAUAAAAAUCAAGCUCAAGCUAGAGAGUUGGUGGAAUCCAUGGCUCAAAAUGAAUACAGAGUUGAAAAUUAUCGUGGUGCAAAGAAGAAGGCAGGCAUGUUAGAGCUUGAUACUCAAACUGCUCUCUUGGCCCAAUCUACAUUGAUGAAUUCUCAAAUGGCAGCUGUGUUGAAACACAUCACUAGCACUUCCAAUUCCCAAAUGCCAGUCAUGGCAGCUAAUGAAGUGAAAUGUGAUUUUUGUGGACAAGGACAUGCUAAUGGCCAAUGUUUUCCUGAAGGGUCAGAAGAGGCAAAGUACCUAGCCAACUUCAAAAGGAACAACCCAAAGCACGAUCCAUAUUCAAACACUUAUAACCCAGGUUGGAGAGAUCAUCCAAACUUUGGUUGGGGAGGAAAUCAAAACUCAAAUCAAUCUCAACAACAAUCUUCUUCACAAAACUCUCAACAAAGGAGACCUUCUCAAUUAGAGGAUACACUUACUCAAUUCAUAAAGGUGACUCAAGGGAACUUCGAAGCUAUGAAGGUUAGCCAAGAUCAAAUGAAAGCCAACCAAGAUAUUGCCAACAAAAAUCAUGAAGCUUCAAUUAAGAACUUGGAAACUCAAGUUGGGCAACUGUCAAGGCAAUUCGCGGCUACUCAAAAUAAUGGUUUUGAAAGUUCUACAAAGGAUAAUCCGAGGAAUGAAAGUUGCAAGUUAGUUGAAAAGAGAGGCAAGGGUGUAGAGAAGAAAGAAAGUUCUGUCCAUGCCAAAUUGCCAUAUCCGCGCAAGAAGAAGGCAAAGGCUAAUGAUCACCAACAAUUCAAAAAGUUUAUGAAGAUGCUUCAUGAUCUCCAAAUUAACAUUCCUUUUGCUGAAGUGUUGGAACAGAUGCCUGUCUAUGCCAAAUUCAUGAAAGAACUUAUGACAAAGAAGCGGAAACCCCUUGAUGAUGACACAGUAGAGAUGACAGAGGAAUGUAGUGCCAUAAUCCAAAAGAAACUUCCUCAAAAGAAGAAGGAUCCUGGAAGCUUUACCAUACCAUGUUCAAUAGGUAACAUCUCCGUCGGUCGAGCUCUAUGUGAUUUAGGAGCUAGCAUCAACCUAAUGCCAUUGUCAAUGAUGAAGAAGAUACCCGGAGUUGUUGCAAAACCCACAAAGAUGCAGCCCUCUUUAGCUGAUCGUUCUAUUGUACAUCCUUACGGCGUACUUCAUGAUGUUUUGGUAAGAGUUGCUGAGUUUGUUUUUCCGGCUGAUUUCGUCAUCCUUGAUAUGGAAGAUGAUGCAGAUGUAGAACCAUUAUUGUUGGGUAGACCAUUCCUUGCUACCGGGAGAGCAUUGAUUGAUGUGGAAAUGGGAGAGCUUAUGUUAAGGACACAUGGAGAACAGAUUGAUGUGAUAGAGGAGGUGGCUGAAGAUGUGUUAAUUGAAGAAACACCUUCAUUUCCUUUAGAAAGAGUCAUUGUAAAUUCUAUUGAUGAUCUAGAGGAGGAAUGGGACAAAGAGAUCGAAAUAUGUCUCCGCCAACUUGAAUCAUGUAAAGAAGAAGAGGCACAAAAAGAUUUUGAAAAUGUGUAUGCUGUGGAUGAGAAAGCUAGUGGUAGGGAGGACCUAAAAGUUACUAUUCCGGAGUUGAAAGAGCUCCCCCCUCACUUAAAAUAUGUUUUCUUAGGAGAAGAUGCUUCACAACCGGCAAUCAUAAGCAGCAGAUUGAGUUCUUUGGAAGCAGAGAAACUAACUAGAUUUUUGAGAGAAAAUAAAGAAGCCAUGGGUUGGAGCAUCUCUGAUUUGAAAGGGAUUAGUCCCGGAUUCUGUAUGCAUAAAAUAAAAAUGGAAGAUGAAUACAAACCUGUGGUGCAACCUUAA